CUAAAAGCGGCGUUGACGUCCUUCCGCAUCGAAGCCCAACUUGAACUUCGUCUUCAGUUCUUGGCAUUGAAGCUCCGCGGGCAACGCUGCAUCCAUUGCCCGUGCCGUCGACUGCAAGCCGGUACUACUACAUCUUGAAUGUAGUUGGCGAUACACGACUUCUGCCAGCGGCAUUCAGGUCCAGUUGCUCGAUCCGGUGUCAGCCAAACCUCUAUACAUCAUGGCGGACCGCGAAGCGAGGUUUACGAGCGAUGCCUUCGUCGACACGACGCCUAUGCCGGAGCACAUUCCGAAAGUGAAGGAGAUUGGAGCCAGUUCAGCACCGUUAUUGAGCGCCUCCUUCUUCAUUGGCGACCGAUGCCGACCUUAUAACGACGAUUACAUGCAGUGCAAGACCGAGUCGUAUGGACGAGGAGAGCUGGACUGCAUGAGGGAGGGGAGGAAAGUCACAAGAUGUGCCGCGAGCGUAUUGGCGGACAUCAACAAGAACUGUCUUGAAGAAUUCCGGGCGCAUUGGUCGUGUCUGGAAAACAACAACCACCAAUUAUGGCAAUGCCGACGGCCUGAAAGGGUGUUGAACAGAUGCGUGUUUGACAAGAUUGGCUUGCAAAAGACCAUUCCGGAUACUCCCAAGGGCGAGACACCCAUCCAUCUCAGAGAUAGGCAGCUUUACGCAGACACGAGAACCGUUGUUUAUCCGUGGGAGAAAGACGUCGGCAUUAGAAAGGACGGAGCUAAGCAGCCCUCAUGACCACAUGUUUAAUGGCUCGUAUUGGCAAAGCUCGCUCAGUGCCUUGGAGUGCUCGGUGUCAUCAUAUCUGUUUUGCAGCGGCAUUUGCGGCUCCGCUCUAGACCACACGGAUGGCUAUGGCUAGAGUUUGAGGAAUUGUACAUAUUCUGAGAGAGGCUUCGGUGGUGAAGUAAUUGCUAGGACAUGCCGCUGAGCGAUCCGGAAAAGCGUCAUGAAUCCGUGAUACUCCAGACUGGCUCAUUCUAUCACUAGCUAUCGAGAAGUCCGUCCUGGCAAGUAUGGCAUCAAUUGCAACACUCUCCACCGCUGGUAGCAUGCCAAUUCCUCCCCAACUGGUCGGUAUCAUCUCGCCUCGCAUGUCUCACAGGCCUUGAUCUUCCUCUGGUGGUGUCUUGCACGGGUCUUCGUCCGAAUCACUGUCGUCAUCGUCAUACAUAGCCCGGACCGGGUCGAGUGUGCCCUGAGCUACUUCCUUCAGUCGUCGACCGACCAUUAUCGCUUGGUCAAGGCUCAUCGUGUUGACGCUGCGCAGAAAUUCCGCCUUGGGGAUCCCAUCGAAGUAUCUCAUCUCUUUGCCUCUGAUCUUCUCCACAUUAUUGAGUUCCUGCAACAAUAGCAAGCUCGAUACCUCGCGUUGCUUGUUGAUGACGUCCGGUUGCUUGCAGGCCUUUUUGCCAUGUACUUUGGUACCUUGGUAUUGACAUUGUUUGUUGUGGUCCAUGAUGUGGGCCGUAGAGCAGCCAGUACCCUGGCAAUUGACGAGUUUCUUGCCAUGUUUGCAUUGCUUGGGGACGAUGAUGGAGUCUCCACAGUUCGCGCAAGCAAUUGUCUUGGGGGCCGGAGUACUCGUGUCUUUUUGAGGGGCUUUCUUCUUUCUCCUCGAACCCAUGACUAGCAGGGCCAGAAUAGUGUCUGUUGGAAGUGUUGGUCUAGUACCACAGGUCUUCCCCUGUCCUCAAGUCCAGCUCCAGGCUUGCUUCCCCUGGGACGGUUUGGCUAGUGGUAGUGCUAUGUUUUGAUUGUAAAGGUCCAAAGAUGUGGUCUGUUGAUGGUUUAAAGAGACAUUUGAUGAUGGAGUAAACGGAUUUCGAGGUAGUGUUGGCCCUUCAAACAGCGCGGGCACGAUGUCAUCGUGUACAGUCCAACGAGACCUCCUUGGUAUGCUACCAAUACUUCAAACGGCGGCGACCCUAUACGCGGCUGGAGAAUUUAUCAACUGUGCAGAAAAGAAAAAGACACUGCUUGGAGCAAGCAUGAAGAGUGAUUACAAAAGUGUCGUCUGUGUGCCAGUGUGAGGAAGUGGUUACCAGGUAUCCAUGGCGUCCCUGCCAGGUCUAAAAAGGGUUGAUGGGACGCUUGAAGGGGAGAAAGAUAUGUAAGGCUUGUCCUGCCUGUGUCCUAGACAUGAUCCAAGCAACAGUGCUCCUCCGCGGAAGAAUCAGCCGGGAUCAGCCCGUUAUAAGGUGUUGACACCAGAUGAAUGGGAGAAUGCAAAACAGACUUACAACAAGGCUGAAGCCAUAACAGGCAUCAAGUUAUCAGAGGAAUUACCACCCCACAGAUUCUAGCGGAGGAGAAAGAGGCCCGGAUCGCGUCCCGGAGCCUGAGGCUUGUUAG